ACUGUUCCCUUUGUAUACGCAAGUUUUUGUCCUACAAAACUCAGUGUCCGACAUGCUUCGUGGCAGUCUCAGAAUCUGACCUGAAAAAUAACCGGACGUUAGAUGAAUUAGUGAAGAGCUUUAAUUCUGCCAGGCAACAGCUGUUCCAGUUGGUCUUGGAUACUCCACUGAUUUCAUCUCCGGUGGCCUGUAGCAGGCGUUCAGCUGGCAAAAGCCACGUUUGGAGUCCUGUUUCUCAGCCAGUUGUAGAAGAAAAGGUGCCAUUGAUUGACAGUUUCUUGAAAAAGGAAGAAGUUUGCACCUUGACAAAGGCAGACAGCCUGUCGGGAACAGGACAGAAGAUUUUCAAAACGGAGGAAGACUGUAACCUUUACGGCAGUUCUGCACAGGCUGAUGGUGAAGACAAUGAAGUGGGAUCGCAAAAGAGUCCCGAGUGCACGAGAAGCCACGAGAAGCCCUCUACGUCGAUGGUAAAAGCCGUCAAGAGAGUGGCUUGUCCGGUCUGUGAGGUUGCUAUUCCAGAGCAAUAUAUAAACAAACAUCUGGACAGCUGCUUGACAAGGGAAGAGAAGAAGGACAGCCUCCGGAGUUCUGCUCACAAAAGGAAGCCCAUGUCUAAAGUUGUUUACAACUUGCUCUCUGAUCGGGAUUUGAGGAAGAAGCUGAAGGAACACGGUCUGUCCACCCGCGGGACCCGGCAGCAGCUCACCAAGAGACACCAAGAGUUUGUGCACAUGUAUAAUGCUCAGUGUGAUUCUCUAAAUCCCAAAUCAGUUGCAGAGAUCGUUAAAGAGCUGGAGAAGAAUGAGAAGAUUCGGGUUCAGCUUGAAUUUAAUAGAACUGGUGAAAAUAGCCUGACCUUCACAAAGAACCAGACAGAGGAAGAAAUAGAUGAGAUCCACACUGAUUAUCGUAACAAACACAGGAGUGAAUUUCAAUUUUUGGUGGAUCAAGUAAAUACUCGGUGGAAGAAAAGUGGUAAGAGGGAAACAGAAGGUCUUCAAAACAAGGAAGGAAUCACUGUCAAGGAAUUACCAGCGGCCACAGAAGCCAGGGAAGAGCAUCACACAGCUGUUGCCCCUGGAGAAGCCCGGGUGCUCCAAACGGAAACUCCUGAUGUCAGAAGAAGUGACUCUGGUUCCCUGGAGCAGGGCCAGAGAUCAGUCUCCCCUGCAUUCUCCCUGUCGUCUGCAUCAACAAGCAGCUCCAGUUCAGACAUUCUGAGAGAUCUACAAGGGCCUGAGACAUAUUCAGCGUCCUCUGACAACAGUUUUCCAGGUCCGAGAGAUAACAAGAGAAAGUCGCGUCGGCCCCGGAUGCUGGAAAACGAUCGACGGCUCCCCGAGAGGAAGCGCAAGAAGAGCUAG